UUGGGUACUACAUUGACCCAAAGACCCCUGGUGGAACAAGGAAGGAAGCCCUACCACGAGCUGAGGCCGGUAUGCCACCCGCUCCUCCGGCUAUGUUCCGGAUUUGGCAAGAGAAGGAGGUCCGCUGUGACAUAAGGGUGCAACAAGUAGGAGAGAGUGAGGAAGUGAAGCAAGGACGGAACGCCGGCACCAUCAAAGAAGAGUCAAUCAUAGCGGAAUCUGAUGAUGAGAUAGAAGAGGAUUGUUGGAAUGAGCCACGAAAAGCGAAAAUAGGGGAAGAUUUUUGGAGGGAGGCCCGACAAACGAUGGAAAGGAUGGAGGAUUUAGUGGCUAAAGUCGGGAGGUACCAGCAAAAACUAGUCGAUAUGUGUGACAAGGUUAAGGAGUGGAGAGGUAAGGAACCACUGGUGUAUUUCUACGACCUAGGUCCAAGGUCGCAAGGAGGGUCUGGGAACCUACCAGGCGUUACGACUUCAGGGUCAACGCCUCGGUCUGGAAUGACUUAUAGGGCACCCUCCAGGUCGGGGCGAGUACCACAAGCUGUCAGGACAAGGGCCAAGAGGCCGGUGAGCCCCGACGAGCCGACAAAGGAUAUUCCUCAGCCUAAUGGGGCGAAAGAGAUUGUGAAUGUCCCAGAGGGAGAAGAUGAAGAGAACGACAGGUUAAGGAGAGAAGUGGACGAGAAGGCCGAGCAACGGGCCAAGAAGAGAGGCGCAAAAAUUGAUACGGAGAAGGCCUCAGAAGGGAAGAAGAAGAAGUACGCUGUCAGAGUGGAGGAAGGGUUUGAUGUAGAGGAGACAAUGGACAGGAUCCUUGAGGGUCAUAAUCACCUUAUGAACCUAAAGGACGUCCUGGCUUCAGCGCCAAGGCUAAGGGAUGAGCUAAAAGCGCGAUUAUCUAGAAAGAUGGUGGUCAGUGUACGAUUAGGGACCAUAAUACCUAAAGAGGCGGAAUGGGCUGAGACCGGUACGAAGAUGGAUUGGAAGUCUGUCGCAUGUGGGUGCCUUGAUGUAGUGAUAAAGGGAAAGCCUUGCACGACCAUGGUGGAUAGUGCCGCAAAAAUGAACCUCAUAAAGGAGGAGCAUGCUUUGCGUUUCGAGAUGGAAAUAGAUCGCUCCGACAACGGGGUCUUAAUGGGGACCAACAGUCAAUCAGUAUUCAUAGGAACCGCAUCAGCGGUGAUUCUGAAAAUUGAGAAAGUAAAAGAGCGAUCCUCUCUUAGGCCAAGGGAGCCGCUUCACCCGAGGUAUGUUCGUGAGGUUGGAGCAGUCGUGCACCUAGAUCUGUUGGCGAUGCGACUGGGAAUAGGGAGCUGUAACUUUAUCUUUGAUGCGCGGGACAACCUCUUUGGGUUUGUAGAUGGCAGGACCAUUAACAGAAAGACUAGUGAGACGUUGGCCAAAUGCAUCGAAGAGUAUUAUCUCCGCUACCACUUUGUCUCGAGAUUUGUGAUGGAUAGAGGGUCUGAAUUCACAUGUGCAAUAGUGAAGACACUGUUAAAGAGGUCCUUCGUCAGAUCUAUUGUGGCACCUGCUAUGAGUUGGGGUCACUGCAAGAAGUUGUUGUGGAACUACUAUACUCCACCACGUCAGGCAUGUAAAAGAGGGAGUCCACCACCUGCUCAGAGGGAUGUGGAUUGUCCUAUGCCGGACAAGGAGCCAGACCUACCCCAUGAGCCGCAAAUGCGAGAGCACGAGGAGGAGCAGUCUGCCGAGGAGAAGGAACUGGACAUGAAAGAGAGAGCAGCAAAGGAGCAGGAGAUCAAGGUCCAGCUCAGGAUGAAGAACCUUGCAGAGCUGCAUGAGAGGAUGCAGCAAGGAAAAGAGCCUGAGGAGGUGGAAGACAAAGGUGGUAAGGGCGCUUGCACUCAGGGGGAGGAUCUUCCCCUAUUUUCAAAGGUUUGGGUCAACUUUGACAAGCUGAUGGAGGCUGCUGGGAGAUCUAGAGAGCAUCAUCAGGAGAUGGGGGUUAAGUUAGUCUCUACAGACUUACUUAAUCUGAGGGGCGUAAUGAAGGAAGGUUUUGCAGCGGCCAAAGCUUCGGAUAAAAAAGUUGCGGACAGAUUGACGAAGGUGGUUCAAAAGGUAUAUGGGCAGAGAGUGGACUGGGAAAGAGAAGUUGAAAACCUGAAGGAGUUGAAAAGACAAGGUAAAGAGAUGGAGGCAGUGAAGGCAGACAUGGUGAAGAUCUGAGCAGAGAACGAAGCUGUCAGGCAAGUCAACCAGACCCUCAAUAAGGUCAAUGACGUCCUGAGGGUCUACUUGUAGGCUCAACAGGUUUC